AUGACGGCGAUGGAUCAAAGUCAAGCGACCGUCCAUAGCCUGAUGCGAAGCCAUCUGCUCACCGCCAAAACUAAAACACGACUAGCGACAUGGAACGACCGAACUCUUUUUCAAACUGGAAAGUUGGCACAACUGGCAAACGAAUUCGACCGAUGCCGCUUAGAUAUCCUCUGUGUCAGCGAGGCCCGAUUGGCAGGCAGUGAAAAGGUGACUAUUGACAGCAAGACCUUUGUCUACUCCGGACACGCCACCGACCACGUCCGCGGGGUUGCCAUUAUGCUUUCACGUCAAGCAGCGUCGUCCCUGCUCGGCUGGUGUCCCGUUUCCGACAGAAUUGUCUCUGCGCGACUACAAGGGUUACACGCGAAGUUAACGUUCAUCCAAGCUUAUGCUCCAACGGAAGAUACCGCCGACGCGGAUAAGGUCUCCUUCUACGACGACCUGACAACCGAGCUUCGCCGUACCCCGCGGCACGACCUUGUCAUCCUCGCUGGCGAUUUCAACGCUCAAAUCGGCCCUGAGAGGCAAACAUUUGAGCACGUAAUCGGCCCACACGGUUCGGCGGCGGCAACUAAGGACAACGGUAUGCGCCUUAUGACCUUCUGUGCAACACACGGAAUGGCGAUUGGCAACACCUACUUUGCGCAUAAAAAGAUUCACAAGGCAACAUGGAAAGCUCCCGGCGCUCAAGACGUACGCAAUGAAAUCGACUACAUCUGUAUCUCGAAGCGUUGGCGGUCGUCCCUCCUCGAUGUGCACAGCUAUAGAGCCGCCGAUGUUGGCACCGACCACUUCCUCCUUGGUGCAGCCUGUCGUAUUCGCCUCAAGCGCCAGUUCGCCCUUGCCCCACGGCUAAAACCGUUUGAUGUCGCCCGCCUUCAGGACCCAGCCAUAGCCAACAGUACAACAUUGCAGUCCAGAUCGUUUCGACCUGCUUACCCCAUCUGA